AUGUCUGCAGAAACAAAUUCAAACAAAACAAUUAAAACGGAACCGAUCGAUGAUUAUCUUCAAGUGAAGCAGGAAUUUGAUGAUUAUGAAAAUACAUCAGAUUUGUAUACGGAUAAUGAUGAUAUAUGUCUGCAGCAAUUUCUAAAAUCUGAGAUUACAAUUGACGAGGAAAUAAAACAAGAGACGAUUGAUGACCAAUAUGACGUGACUAGUACAAACAAAACUGUAUUAGAUGAAAAUUCUUCCCUAUGUAACGAAGAGAUCAGUGAAUCAAGUACGAUAGUCGAUAGUACAAACAAAACAUUUGACAAAGUUUCAGGAAAAGAUAAGACAACUAGUAAGUUGAAAUACAAAUGUAAAUCAUGCAGUAAAACAUUUGUAGAAAAAGGUAAUUUAAUAACACAUUUAUCAGUGUGUAGUGAAGAACGACCUUAUGAAAGUGAGACAUGCAAUAAAACAUUCAAAACAAAAAAUAAUUUAAAACAACAUGAAAUCAGUCACACUGAAGAAAGGCCUCAUGAGUGCAACAUAUGCAAUAAAAGAUUUUUACGGUCGAGUAUUUUAAGAGAGCAUUUAUCAGUGCAUACUGAAGAACGACCUUAUGCAUGUGAAAUAUGUAAUAAAACAUUCAGAACAAAACCUAUAUUACAGGGUCUGGCACUCGAAGUGUAA